GCUUAUCAUCCAUAGGGACAUAUUUGAUAACAAGGCUAAUAUAGUGGCACUGUUCCCAGAAAAGUACUUUCCAUCAAUCCGUUUAAAUCCUUAAUGCAAAUAGAUUAAAGGACCACUAUAGUGCCCUGAGGGUGCCCCCACCCUCAGGGUCCCAUUCCCGUGGCACUGAGGGGGGAGGAAGUGGUUAAUCCUUUACCUUUUUUCCAGCGCCAGGUGCCUAUAGUGGUCCUUUAAAGACUUCUCAACUGGUAUUGUCUUGUAUGAGAAACAAUUAAUACAUUGCAUGUACAAUUUACAGUUAGUACAGUGCAUGUACAAUUUACAGUGGCAUGAUUAUUCGCACCAAUACCUUUUGUUGACUACACACAGUCUCAUUAAAAACAACCCAUGCACCUAUACAUUGUGUUCAGGGUGUCAGCAGUUGGCUUUUAAAAAAUACAUAAAAGAAUCCCAGUGAACCUACAACCUUGCGCACGGAGGAUCAUCAGAAAAUUCAAGUAUGAAUCAUUAUCUAAUUUAAAGCUUAAUGGUUCAAAAUGUGAUGUAAAAAAUCUUACAGUUCCAUCACAAGAAAAUAAUUUGGCAACUAAAUUCCUGUUUAAAUGGUGUAAGGAUCAAAUUAAGUUUCCGGGUAUGGGGGGGGGGAAAUCAAAUUAUUUUCUUGUGAUGGAACUGUAAGAUUUUUUACAUCACAUUUUGAACCAUUAAGCUUUAAAUUAGAUAAUGAUUCAUACUUGAAUUUUCUGAUGAUCCUCCGUGCGCAAGGUUGUAGGUUCACUGGGAUUCUUUUAUGUAUUUUUUAAAAGCCAACUGCUGACACCCUGAACACAAUGUAUAGGUGCAUGGGUUGUUUUUAAUGACUGUGUGUAGUCAACAAAAGGUAUUGGUGCGAAUAAUCGUGCCACUGUAAAUUGUACAUGCACAAAUUGCGGAGUUAUAAUUUAUUGGCAAUACAAUUUAAAGAGGACGUUUAAACCUGACUUAUCCAUGUAUUUUACAAAUAAGUAUUUGUGAGUUGGGAAAACAAAGAUUAAAUAUAGGAAUCCACACCCCUUUAUUGUGCAACUGGGAGCCUCCAUCUUGGUUCACUGUCAAUCAUAUUUAUAAGCUCCCUCCUUUUUUUUCAACCUGGCAGUCAGCAUAGAGAAAACGUGCAGAGACAAGGAGAAAUUAAACAAUACUUUUAUUUCUCCUCUUGGUUUGCAAAGUUUAACCUAGCUGUGCCUUGUCUGAGCUGGAUUAUGUAAUUAUCUAUAAUAUAAAGUAAAAAGGGAUUGAGCAUUUAACUUAAGCUAUAAAUGUUUUUCAAUAUUUCAUAUAGUGUUAAUUCCAGAGACGUGACCGUUGUAGAUUGAGUACAAAUUAAAUUGCAUAAUCUACAAGAAUAAAGUUCAUAAUUCCGUCAUAAGGUGUUUACUACAGCCUGGCAUUGGGCAGACUGGGCACGAUUGCUAUGGGCCGAGGCCGACGGGGGACAUUAGAGGACCACCCUGCUGGCCCAUGCAAAGCCGACCCUAUCAAAGUGCCAACCCUGCUGUAUGCCAUGAAGGGCUUGCUCAGAGAGGGGAGACAUUGUUUGUAAACCCGGGUGGUCCAGUACGGAGUUCACUCCUCUCCUUGGAGUAACCGCGGCCAUGCUCUGACCUUGCUAGAGAAGGAACCUGGCGGAGCUGCUGGCUACUUCCUCUGCCAGUUCCCGCAUUUCAGUGCCCUUAAGCCACUGGGGAGAUCACCUGCCUGUCAUGGCAAACUGCAGGGCCGGUGCUUGGAUAGUGUCAGCCCUGCAUUAUUUAGUUGUAAAGUUUAUCAAUAAAUGUUGGUGUUUUUUUGGGGGUUAAAUAAAGUGGGGGGGAAGCACAUUUGCUCACACAAUUUAAGCCUUUCACCUUUAAGCACUUACAAACACUGCAACCUAUACACACGCACCCUGCAUCCCUCACAUAUUGCACCUCUGACAAACACACAAUAGAUUCCCUGUACGGAAAGGCACUCUCUAUAGAUCCUACACACGCUACAUCACCAAUACACACGUACACUACAGCUUUGUGCAGCCCCUAACCACACAUUACACAACUGAAACCGAUCUAUUUGUCUCUGGUAUCCCACUUAUGCUUGUGACUGGUCUCUGGUGUCUCCAUAUUUGCUUGUGUUGUGCAGUACAAAUACAACAUGCUCACUUUGAGGGGGCGUGCUUGUCAUUGGUGAUGACAAAACACCCCCCACUCUGGCCCUGCCCUAUUCUCAAUGAACUGGUGUAAUAAAAAUAAAAAAAAAAGGACCAAAAUUUUUUCCAAGUCUGGCCCUGACUACAGCAUUGCUGGUCAGAGUGAGAUAACAUCCAAUCUAAUAUGCUUGUGGUUUAUCAGGGUUUGACCUUAAAUGUUAAUGCCCUGGAUGAUGAUGUGCUAAAUGGGGAGUAUCACUAAACAAUGCUGGUCUGCUAACAUAAAAGUAUUUUCAAGCUUUAUUCUUAACAGUACCUGUGUGCUUCAAACGAUUCACAAGCGUAGAUAGGAGCUCCCUAUAACUGAGCUGAUAUAGUGACAGUAUUAAUCGAUGUAGCGCUGCACUCUUUGUAUAUACAUAUGUUCUGUAUGAAUGUAUAGCAUAUCUUUGUUCCUUCACAUGAUCUUCAUAUCAUGUAUGUUUUGUGUGUUGCCUUGGUGCAGAUAACCAUGAGUGCAACCAGUGUAUUGUCCAGUGCAAAGAGGAAGAGGACAAAACCCCAUAAAUUAGGAGAGAAAAAAAGAACAUUUUCGAGGGGCGAUUCAGAUGAAGAUGCGGUGCCCGUGUCUGAGGUAAAGUAUAUUGUAAAAAAAAAAAAAAUGCAUUAAAGAAACACUUCCUUACAGCUUCCUAUAGUGGUUAUGGUGCUCUGAGGCCCCCCAUUCUAAGCAGUCACACCGUUUAAGAGCUAAGCCCUGUAAAAUAGAGCUGACGUAUGGGUUUAGAGCCUCAGCUGAUCAGGCUCAGCCAGUGAGAAUCCUAAGACGCGCUAGUGCCUAAUGAGAAUUGCAAUGCAUUUGCACAUUGCCAUUGUGUGUGUUAUCCAAAAUUCAUAUUCACAUUGAAAUAACAGGAUGUUUUUAGUAUCACUCCAAUGGCCAUUAAAGUGUACGCUCACCAUCCCAGUCAAAACAAACCUUUUAGGAGAGUUUUACAAUAACAAUUCACCUUGCUGCUAUCAGCCUUCAGAGAGGGAUAUUCUUAUGAACCCGGACACACACAUUAACCUUUAAUAGGACACACAUGGACACGCACAGCAUUGUUACAAGAAUGUGUAAUACAGAAGCAAAUACAAACACAAAAUGAAGCACUGUGAUUCAAACUCUCACUGCUCUUGGUAGGCAGUUAGAGGUUUUCCUUGACUGGACAGGUGAGCUUAAAUUGGAGUCCCUUUAAAUGACAUGGGUGGCGGGUGGUGGGCCUAAAAUGACAAGGGGGUGGGGGUAGCAUAGGUUGGAGUGAGGUGAGGCCUAGUCACCCUUACCUUAUAGAUGUUUCAUUUUUUCAGCCCCCAAAAAAGCCAUAAAUCCCGUGGAACUAAUAAAAUAAAAAAAUGACCCAAUCACCAAAAAAAAAAAAAAAAAUGCCGGAGGGAAAAAAAUCUAGGAGCUAAAAAAUAAAUCCAACCAAUCAGAGUGCUCUGACAGGUAAAUCUUAAGCUUAAAGGCUAAGGUCAAAUAGGUCCCCUGUUUAGUUGACUAGCCCCCCAAUCGUGUGGCACGGGUGGGGACUGGGACACACCCUAUUUUCUCCCCCCCUGUUAAUUACUUUUAUAGGUAAAUAAACGUGUUAGGUCCUCCUUUAUUGGAUUCAACGGGGGUGGUUAUAUAUUUUUUUUUAAUCUUUCCAGUAGUGAGUAGCCACUGGCUGCUCCCGGUUUAGGCUGCCUACUCACGGCAUCCGGGAGUGUUUAAUCUCCCUUAUGCUAAUAGUCAUAUUGACCCCCAUAGAAUGACAGGGGGCAUAGGGGCGGUUUCGGAAGUACAUGACCGUGCCGUUUUAACAAAAUGGUAAUAGAUUUUAUAAUUUGAACGGGUUCCUCUUGUUGUAUACCUUGCUUAGGUAUUGGGUUUAUACUUUCAUGGAGAAUAUAUUAGUUAUCUAUAAAAAAAAAAAGGGGGGGGGGGUUAUUAAAGACUGGAAGUGACACAUCAUUAUUCUUUUUAUUUUUUUAAUGAAUUAUUUGGAUUGUGCCAGUAAGUGCACAUUUAUAUCAUAUAUGGAAACAGUGCCCUAACUUUUCUCCUUUAUGGACCCAAAUUCCUUCCUUAUCACAAAUAUUUCACAAGCAUAUACAAAUGGACUCCUGAUAAUUUUUGCUUUCCCACCAUAUAGAUGAUCUAACAAAAAGAUAAUAAAUCUGUCAAUCGUUUUGAUGAUCUGGAAAUCCAUUGAUAAGACACUGCCCCCAAAUUACUAUUAAACAUGUAAUUAUUAAUUAUAUUAAGUACAUGAAUGCAUCUCAUAAUACAAAACUGCCUUUUACAGAUUAUGGGAACUAUUAUAAAGUCAAUAUAUUAUGUUAACCACAUGAAAAUGACCCACUAUUCUGUACCUGCCAUUAGUAGAUUAUGUUGUAGGUUUAGACUGGGGUUCAUCAUGUAAGAGAUCUCUCUCUAUUAAAGAAUCACUCCAUGCACUGCAGCUUGCUGGAGUACUUUCUGUGUAUGGAAUAUCCCACCCUAAUGGCACUUUAUAAAAGUGCCUAUUUCACUGUUUAAUCAACAAUUAUUUGUAAAUUUAUUAUAUAUAUAUAUAAUUUUUUUUUUUUUUUUUUAAAGGACCAUUAUAGGCACCCAGACCACUUCAGCUCAAUGAAGUGGUCUGAGUGCCAGGUUCCCCUGGUUUUACCCCUGCAGCUGUAAACAUAGCUACUAUGUUUACAUUGCAGGGUUAAUCCAGCCUCUAAUGGCUGUCUCCCUGUCAGCCAUUAGAGGGCGUUUCCACGAUUUUCAGUGAGAAAAUCGCACUGAAUGACUCUGGACUCUGUGAGAUUUGAGUAAUGCUUUCCUAUGGGUGGAUUUGAAUGCGCCCGUCUGGCUGCGUAUGCGCAUUCGGCUCCACUUGGGAGCUGACGUCGGCAGGGGGAGGAGAGGUCACAAGCACCGAGGGAGCCGGUGCUGGAUUAAGGCAAGUGGCUGAAGGUGUUUUAACCAAUUAACCCUAUAGUGCCAGGAAAACUGGUUUGUUUUCCUGAAACUUUAGGAUCCCUUUAAGAAACACUUACCUGGCUGUCAAACAACCAUGGAAAUUUUCUACCUCCUGAUGUUAGCUCCGCUGAGCUAGUAGAAGUAGCAGGUGUCUGUCUUCUCCCAUGAGUCAAUGUGAGCGCCCACGCACACUUACCGGACUCUGUUUUACCUGGCUGCUUCUUCCACACCCCACAUCUCCUGUGUUCCCUCUCUCAUUUGUCCAGGGAGGUGUACAUGCGCUCCCCUAUAUACUUUUUGUGAGCAGGGUUGUGUAAAUCAGUCUUUCACGCUUCCAACCAAACAAGACCCACUGUUUGACACACACAAUCUGUACAAUCCUUUGGACAGACAGUUACAACUAUUGUGGUUAACUUUACUGUAAAACAAUACAAUAUACUUGUAUUUCAUGUUAAUUAACAAGUCACUUGUCCACUUUCCCUUUAAAAUUUAUUUCCUGCUCUAUAGUUUAAGUUGUUUUUCCUCCAUGUAGAAAUAAAUAUAUUUUGACCUAUAUUCUUUUGUAAACAAUUUGAACUCCACUGGCUUUUUAGUCCUUCAAAAAUCUCUUUACACAAUGCACUCCAACCUCCUCAGACACAGAGAGUUUGCAAUGAGGAUUAUCAGAGGGACCAGGAAUACCCCCCGGCACAUGCAGCCAAGGAGAGUACAUCCCACAGAAGGCGGCCAAAAGGAAGCAAGGACAAACCCUUGACCAGUGUAAUGGUGAGAGUAUAAAUGUCUGUGUCUCUUCUCCCCCCUUUCUCAAUAGUUCUAAUUUCUUUAUAGUUCCCAUGUCUUUGCUUUCCCAUUUAAACUUUUCUCUCCCUUCUUUUUUCCUUUUCACACCUUCCGCACUUUUCUCUUCACAUUCGCUAUUCUUCAUCUCUUGUUCCAGCAGUAAUAAACCUCUGCUUUGAUAACAGAUUUUACACAUUCUUACUUCCAUUCUAUCUUUGUCUUUAGGUUGAAGUGGUGCACAUUGUAUAUGUGUUCACACAUGGCAAAAGUGCAACCUGAUCCAUAGAUCUUGUUUUAUUUUAUUUUUAUAAUACAGGGCUUGUAUCCAAGCUUGUCAGAAAAAAAGCAGCUGUUAAGCAUUGACAAUACCAACAGCUGGUAGAUGUUGCAACAAAAAAAGUGUUCCAUGGUGUACUCCAAUCGUGUGGACAGACAGUUACAACUAUUAUGGUUAACUUUACUGUAAAACGGGGUGGGGCCUGACCGCCAUGCUGACAGGUCGCAUGGCACAGAGGCUCCUGCUGAGUUCAAGCUAAAUGGCAGAAAUACUAUACUUAUUUGGGCCAGGGGUGUUAUUCCGGUUCCCACUGGAGGGAGCCGAUGCUUAGCAACAUACAUCAGCGGGGAGCGCCUGGCACACAGGCCCAUGUGCUUUGCCAACAACAUGGUGGCCUCAGAGCACACAUCGGGCGCGAUCACACUCACUGCUCGCAGGCUGCAUUAAAAGCAGAGACAUUUCACUUUGAGUCCCUGGAUUAUUGCAGCGUAACUUUUUUUUUUUUUAUAACCAGAUGGAGUAAUCUUUGCUUACCUAGCUUCCGUACCCAGAACCUGGGCCUGGUCCCAAUGACUGCCAUCCUGGGCCUUGAGCACCUAGAGGACAUUCCUUGAACCGCAGCCCUACUCCUUGAUGGAACACACUUGCCAGGAAUCAAGUUGUCUGCCAUUAAUGGCAUCGAAACCGAGGUGCAAGCAUUCGGCUCAAAUGGCGCCCGGGGCUGGCAAAGUGGCACUUACUGGACUUACCCUCUCAUCAAGAUCCAGCUCUCACUAAACACAUGUUGGCGGCAGGAAAAUCACAAGUCCGGUGGAUCCGGCAAGCCUGACCGCAUACCGUCUCCAGCAGCUCGGAGGCGCUGGGCUUUCCCAACAAGACUCCAGUGGUGUUUUUCUUUUCAUUCACUUCAGCUGAACUUGUUACUAUCUUGAUUACACUAAUUUGUUUUUCUAAAAGCGGGCACUCCAGCAUAAUGAUGGGCAUCUUUAAUGUUCUGGUUAUUAAUAUCUGUGCUCUCUAAAUUUACACCAUAAAAUACGCAGCGCUUAACAUUAUAUAUUGUAAUGUUAUAUAUUGUAAUUGCCUAUUUACUCGACACUCUACUUGUACAGAGAUAGCACAACAUUGUAUAGCAUGUCAGCGUUUAUCGGCUAGCACUGCUCACGUAGAAAAAGAGGACAGCAUUCCAUGCUUACAGAUGCAAUAUGAUAGCCCCCAUGCCCAUUAGUACGGUUAAAUAUCGAAGAUGAUCGUGCCUGCCUAUUCAGCCUGUAUCGCAUUAAAACUGAACAAAUUAGUUUGUUUAGAUCAGGAGUUAUCGUACAUUGUAUUCCGGCAUAUAAUCAUAUGUACUGUUAUUUCUUUCUUCUGUACUGUAUUAACUUUGCCUCAAUGAAAAAUUUGACCAAAAACAAACGUUACUGUGAAACAAUAUACUAUGCCUUGGUAGAUAAGGAUUUCAUGUUGGCAUCCCCUCACAGAUCUUGAAACUCAAGUGAUGCUACCACCAAGCAUUUUACUACAUAGCACAUUGAAUGUGCAUCAAGAAAACGGUGUAUUCCCAAAUUCAAUGCUGUAUCAACUCCAUCAGGGCCUGUAGUGUGCGAUUGCACACCCUUAAGGCUGGCCCAGAAUUUGCCACUGUCUGUUUUCUCUCUGCCUAUUCUUUAAUUUUCAUCAAACUGUUGAUCAUAUUCAAGUUGUACAAUGGAUACUGUCACACUACAUGAUUGUGACAACAAAGGAACUAUGCCCAUAGUGCAUUGUUGGGGGUACACACAAUUAUGAACCUCUGUUGACGGCAGCUACCAAACAGUUUUUAGAUAAAGGUUAAGUAUGGCUAAAUUUGUCAUCUGCUACCUUCUUGCUACAUGUAGAAACAAGCUACAAUGGUGUAUUGUGGCAUUCAAAAAAAGACUGCAAAAACCUUCAUAAAGCACCUAUCAAGUUUUACCAUACAUCAUCUUCUGUACUCAUCCUGAUGUAUGUGGGUAUGGACAAUCUCUAAGCAUUAACAUCCCCUGAUUGUUGUCUCCUUCUAUACUUUAUGUAAUCUUUCUCAACCUACUUUUUAGCAGAUACAAUAUCUUAUAUCACCAUGAUUCACUGCUGAAAUGUAUACCGUGUUUGAAUUUGUCGGUCAUUUGUUCUAACUAAAAGUGUAAUAGAAACAUUUAUUAUAUUAUUAUAGAGAUCCUUCUAGGAAAAAACAACUAUCUUUUAAAUAUAUAAAAUGAAAUAAAGUUUACUUUCUUCACAACAACAAAAAAUUGGAAAUGUACACUAUAAUUAUAAUGGAUCUCGGAAUUACUAUGUAAUAUGUGGGGUUAGAAGAGUGUCCUUUUCAAAACGCAUUUUCUAUUAAGCGCUAACAAAUUACAGUUUCUAUUUUUGUGGCUAAAACUGUUUUUCUGUUGUGAACAGCCCCUGCCCUUCAUUAGAGUGAAGUUAUAACCUGAACCCUUGGAUGUCUUCUCACUUAUUGCAAUUUGUUUCAGGCUGCCAGAGCAAGGGAUGAAGAAGAUGAGAGUAAACAGGAAUGUGCAACAGCACACCCAGAUGAGGCCAGCACACCCCAAAAAUAUCCAGACACACAUGAAGGAGCCCCCAGAAGUAGAGGAAGGCCAAAAGGAAGCAAGAACAAGACAUUCUCUGGUUCUCAUGAAAUAGUGAGUGCUGUCUGUAUGUCUCUGUCCUUCACUGUCUGAGCAUUUGACUCAGAAAGCUUGCACUUUGCAGAGUAGCCCUGUAAAUCAUUGCAUGGAAGCCUUAUUUAUGUUAAAUAUUAAUUUUCAUAAGAACCAAGCGGAAGGUUAUCCUGGGCCAGGUUGCUACCCUGGACCUCUCAGAAGGGGGAUAGCCCUUACUGAAAUUAAUGAGGCCGAGCAGUAAAAAAGGAGGGAAAAAAUCAGAACUGGCUAAUACCAAAAUAGGAUAGGAUCCUAAUAUGGGAAGGCAGGGGGGGCAAUAUUAAUACAAUUACAAAUCUUUAUUGAAAACCAUUUGGAUGUUAGAGGUAGGAAAAACAAUUGGAGUACCGACUCACAACUCUUCUACACUUCAGCUCAUGUAACAGUCCUAAAUGACUUACAUUAAAAAUGUUGUGGCCUUCCCGCCCUGCUUUGUUGUUGUUGUUUGAUUUAUUUGUGUAUCAUUGUAAUAUUGCUCAGGUAAUUUGUUUAGGUGUUCAGAGCCAGAAACGAACAAGAUCACAAAAGUUCUCAUGUAACAUCGAUCUCCAAAUCAGAGCAUCCGAAUGGAGGGGACAUUUCUCAUAGGGGGAGAGGACGACCUAAAGGAAGUACGAAAAAGAUCUACCCUGCAUCCUUGCAGGUGAGGAGGAUUCUGAAAUCGAAAGUGUCAUGUGAUUACCUUUAUAGGAAAUAGAAUUUAAAGUGGAACUGCCCCUUACUAUUUUGCAGAACCCUGUAACUAAAUUAAGGUCAGUUAUAGGUUGUGCUAAAAAACGUUUUUUUUGUUUUUUUUUAAUUUUGUAUUUACAUUAUGUCCGGCAUUUCUGCCCCAGCCAGAGAAUAAACGAUCUAUCUAAACCUCAGGGUGCCAUGCUUGUAAAAGUUUGCAGUGCUGUAAAAUGUUUUGCUGUUUUCAGCAGUGUAACCCAGCCUCAUUAGCCACACCCCCUCUCAGUUCAACUUGUUCCUGAUUCCCAGUCUCUGAAAGAAAGGUACCUUUUGCAGGCAAUGAAAAGACAUGUUAUCUAGUGUAAGGAAUGCUCACCGCACAGACUGCACUGCACACAUGGCUACAGCCCAUAUGUGCUCCUCUCCCUACCUCCCUGUAGUGCAAGGAAUACAUUCCCUUCCAGACUCUGUCAGCCAGCCUCACUACCCAGUGACAACCCCUUCCCUGCCUGCCAACCUCACUACCCAGUGGUAACCCUUCUCCUGUCAGCCAUCCUCCCUGCCCAGUGUUAACCCCUCCCCUGCCAGUCAACCUCACUGCCCAGUGUUAACCCUCUUCCCCUGUUAAGCAACCCCUCCAGCCCUUGUUAAACUCCAGCAAAAAGUAUGUUAUUUGUUUCUUUGAGGUCUUGGAAUCCAUGCAGGUUUAAGUCAUGCUAAGGAACCAUAUUCAGCAAAGUGUAUUGCCUGUGGAACAAUCUAGUUAGUAUAUUUUGUAACAACCAGAGCAUACAACCGCAGUGUAUCCUGGGCUGCCAAUGAGUUUGCUACCAAACAAACGUAACCUUGAGAAGUUAGCAGUGGAGGUUAAGCAGGCCUAAACUAGUCCACCUUUAGUGCACAGGCAAUAUCGUCACACUUACCAUCAAGUAUUUAACUUGUUUUUUAUUCAUCUACUGACUAUGCACAAUGACUAAACCCCUAGUGUAUUUGUGCAUGUUCCAACCUCCUUCCACUUUUAGGGUUGGGGCAAAUGUUGCAUAAAAUAUCAAGUAUGCGUUUCUCAUACCCUGUGGGGAAAGGUUUAAAGGGACAUUAUGGUCACCAGAACAAUUAAAGCUUAUUGUAUUUGUUCUAGUGAUUAAAAUCAUUCCUUUCAGGCUUUUUGCAGUAAACAUUGUCUUUUCAGAAAAAAAUGCAAUGUUUACAUUACAGUACAGCCUAGGGAUAACUCCACUUGCUACUCCUCUUAGAGCAGGGGUUCCCAACUCAGUGCUUAAGUAUCCCUUAACAGUCCAGGAUUUAGGGAUUACCAUGUUGUGUCUAAGGUGUGUAAUUUUUUUCCCCCUAAAUUCGUUUUUCUUAGAAACAACUGGGUAAUCCUGGACUUUUAGGUGGUACUUGAGGACUGGGUUAGGAACCACUGCUUUAGAGGUGCUUGCUGGGGCAGUGCUGCACACGGUGCAGUACUGUUAUUCAUUGUCUCCACCAUCUGCAUGGAGACGAUGAACUUUCCUCAUAGAGAUGCAUUGAUUCAAUUAAUCUCUAUGAGGAGAUGCUGAUUGGUUAGAACUGUUUGAUUUGUGCUGUCUGCCCCUGAUCUGCCUGCUUGACAGUCUCAGCCAAUCCUAUGGGAAAGCACUGUGGCUCACCGGAUCAAUUCUGAUUGUCAGCUGUAAGCAUGCAGGUUAAAGGCAGCAGCUGCAGACUUGAAUACAAGUAAGAUCUUACCAUAUUUAGGAAGGGUCGGGGGGAGGGGACCUAGAUGGUGAUUUUUUUUUUUUUUUUAAUUCUUUAUUUUGGUUGUGCAGAUGAUCACAAGAUGCAGACAGACGCCACAACAGCGUGUUGCAAGUAUAGAUAUUAGACAGUGGCAUUGAAACAGGCACAUUUUUUUUAAAUUUAGAUAACUUGCGUUGCUAAACAUUUGCUUUGUCAGAGUGGUGAUUAAAUGAACGUUGUUCAGCAGGUUAGUUAGAGUACAAGAAGCAACUGCUCACAUAGCUAGUGCGAUGGCAUUAGAGUUAGGGUUGUAUGCACAUUCUAUGUGUAUGGUUCAAAUAACGAUUAUUAAGGUACAUGCUAUAUAAAAUAAUGUCAAGUGUGGAUUUCUCCACACUGCUUGAGAGUAACCACCAGGGGGCAGAGAGUCCCUGAGCUUGUCGGACUAAGCACAUAUGUGUGCUUAGGCAUUUUUCUAUGCAGUUCUGCAGUAUUAAAAUCAUUAAUAGUAAAAGCAAAAAAGAAAAUCAAGGAGAUGGUAAACAAAAUAAUAUGCAGUGCUAUAAUUGAGUAUAGAUUGUUAGCAGUCGCUUUGUUACUCUUGCAGCAGUGCUGAGUUGGCUGGCGUCCUGGCCAUGAUCAAGUCCCCUGUGGUUCACGCCGUUUGCUCGAGGGCUUAGGUACUUGGUGGUCAGGGGCGUGCUUGGUCUUGUGAUUCCGCUGGUAUCAGCCUGGCAUGCAAGAUGGAGCCUGCUGUGUCCGUUGUUCCUCUUUGUGUGGGUGGAGUGAGAGUCCAAAUUGGGUGCCCUCGGGACCGCCGGUAGUAGUGAGAGGUGUUGUCUCCAAUGCUGUAGAUGGGAGCUUGUGGUCCGGUUUGUAAUGGUCGCGGCGGCCAUCUUGGAUUUUGCCGUGAGGUCUCCAUUUGGUCCGUUCACCGCUCGGUUGGAGGAGGUGGUCUCUGCCCCUCCGGUGAGGUCCGGGAUAACCCCCCCGGCCCACAGGGGGGGAGAAUGGGGCCCUUAGUAGGUGUGAGAGAGGUCCCGCCGGACUAAGCACGGGAGAUCGGCCGCUUCUCCCGCCAGAGCCUCACGACAGGCCACAGUCCCAACUGCCCAGCAUACAUCGCUGCCGGUAGGACGGGGGCCAACCCGGAUAAUGUGCGUGGUUGCUUGAGUCCCCUUAGCUUUCUUGUAACUGCUGGAUGGUAGUUUUUCAGGGGAGAAAAGUUCAUUUCAGGCUGGUUAUAGGAGAUUUAUUCAGGAGCCGAGGUGCCCCACGUCCAUCCAGCUCUGCGGUCAGGCCCCGCCCCCAGGUGAUUUUAACUCUAUAGGGUCAAGAAUACAUGUUUGUGUUUCUUUAAUUAGUGGGAUUCCCUAUUCUGAAGUCCGUUCUGACAUCAGAAGAGGGAUUACCCAGAUUAUCAUUUGCUAAUCAAAAUGUUUAAAAUUUGUAGCAAGUGGUUUUUUUUUUGGUUUUUUUUCCUGUGGUUGUAGGGGGCUUUUUUCCUCCCCUCUAACUUAUUUUUAAUGAUGUAAAGCGGUAAUUAAUAAAAAAAAAAUAUAAUUUUUUUUUUUUUUAAAUAUUAAUUACACUGUUCAAAAAAAUAAAUGGAACACAAAAAUAACAUCCUAGAUCUGAAUGAAUUAAAUAUUCUUCUGAAAUACUUUGUUCUUUACAUAGUUGAAUGUGCUGACCACAAAAUCACCCAAAAAAUAAAAAAUGCAAAUCCAAUUUUUCAACCCAUGGAGGUCUGGAUUUGGAGUCACACUCAAAAUUAAAGUGGAAAAACACUACAGGCUGAUCCAACUUUGAUGUAAAAGUUGGAUCAGCCUUAAAACAACUCAGUAGUGUGUGUGGCCUCCACGUGCCUGUAUGACCUCCCUACAACGCCUGUGCAUGCUCCUGAUUAGGUGGCAGAUGGUCUCCUGAGGGAUCUCCUCCCAGACCUGGACUAAAGCAUCUGCCAACUCCUGGGCAGUCUGUAGUUCAACGUGACGGUGGGUGGAGCGACAUUUGUGGCCUGCUGGAGGUCAUUUUUGCAGGGCUCGGGCAGUGCCCCUCCUGUUCCUCCUUACACAAAGGUGGAGGUAGCGGUCCUGCUGCUGGGUUGUUGCCCUCCUACGGCCUCCUCCACAUCUCCUGAUGUACUGGCCUGCCUCCAUGCUCUGGACACUACGCUGAGCUUGCAUUGAGGUGCCAUCCUGGAUGAGCUUCACUACCUGAGCCACUUGUGUGGAUUGUAGACUCCGUCUCAUGCUACCACUAGAGUGAAAGCACCGCCAGCAUUCAAAAGUGACCAAAACAUCAGCCAGGAAGCAUAGGAACUGAGAAGUGGUCUGUAGUCACCACCUGCAGAACCACUCCUUUAUUGGGGCUGUCUUGCUAAUUGCCUAUAAUUUACACCUGUUGUCUAUCCCAAUUGCACAACAGCAUGUGAAAUUGAUUGUCACUCAGUGUUGCUUCCUAAGUGGACAGUUUGAUUUCACAGAAGUGUGAUUGACUUGGAAUUACAUUGUGUUGUUUAAGUGUUCCCUUUAUUUUUUUGAGCAGUGUAUGUAUAGGUGUGUGUGUAAAAUAUAUAGAGAGAGAGAGAGAUAUAUAUCUAUAUCUCUCUAUCAGUGUCAUCAGCAAGUGUACGACAAGUAGUACAGAAUAACCGGUAAUAUCGGUAUAGGGGGAAACAAAUACAUACAUGUAUAGUAAGGUAAGAUCAUUUUAUGUAAGACUGGUAGACAUUUAAUGCUAAAAAAAGUUUCAUCUGAUUUCCUCUUCAGGUUUCAGGAAAGUCCAGUGGGGAUGAUGCACCAAAACGUUCGAGAGGUAGACCAAAAGGAAGUCCAAAUAAAAAACCUUCAAAGGCUGCUUUAAUGGUAAUGGCUUAAUUUAAAUAAAAUUAAGGUUCUGGGGUCUUAUUUUAUCGGGGAAAUUUUUGCUUAAUUCUUCAGCAUGCACUUCUUUUCUUGAAACCAUAAUUAAUAACUACAUUGCUCUCUUUAUUCAUAUUCUCACAACCUGAUCUUCAUAUUUCAACAGUUGAAAUAUGGAAUCCCAAAGUUGGGGAGAGGAAGACCCAAAAAGUUACUGGCAACAAAUGGAGCAGUGACUCCGAAACGAGGCCGGGGAAGACCAAAAGGUGCUGUGAAGAAGACCCCAUCGACAACGAAGGUGAAGGUGAGACAACUUACAAUGUAAAUCAUGAUAUCUGGGGUGACAUUGAGAACUGAAAUAUCUUGUCCUCUGUGACUGGCUAUAGAGAGAGAAAAGGCAUUGUCCAGAUUGGUCUUUUAAAUAUCCCAUUAUUGGUUUUAAAAAGAAGAAUCAUUGCAAUAAAGUUAAACAGAAGAAUCUAGACGUAACUAGCUUUUCUGACACGUAAGGCAGUAACAAAUAUUUACAAAACACAAGAAUGCACAGCAAUCCACAAUAAGGAAUAUGAAAUCUUUAUUCUGUAUAAAUAAACAGAUCACAAACCUAAAGUGUAAGGCUAAAUAAACACAGCAGUCCACGUGUCACAGGAACCCCCUAAUAUUUUGGCACCCACUGUUUCCUUUCUCAAGGGAUUGUUACUAUCCGUUGUUUAGUUAUACAGAAUGAAGAUUAUUUAGUGUUGAUUUCUGUGCAUCCUUGUAUUUUGUAAUUAAUUUUGGUUUUGACACGUGGGGGAGUAUCUCAUUUCGAUUGCGUCCGUUCUUAUUUACUUUUGAACUAUUACUUUUGUAUGCUUUAUUAUAUGGAAAAGGCAGUAACAAAUAUACCAUGACACCAGAAUGGAUCGAGAUCUGGGUUACUUUAUAGAUAUCCAACAUCUCUGUAAUGUUGCCCUGCAUCCUUUUGGAAAAGUAAGAUACAACUAUUAUUCAGAUGGUAUUUUGUAUUAAAUAAGUUUUAAGAAUAUAUGAAACAAAAUAAGAUCUUAGGAAUUUUUCUUCAAAAUGCCAUAUAAAGAUUCCUGGAAAUCUGCACGUAAACGGUCAUCAAAUUUUCACUUCUCAUACUGAAAAAAAACUACAAAUAAAGAAUGUUACGAAAAAACUUUCACUUCUUGUUUUUUAAAAUAUAUUUCAUUAAAUGUUGCUUAAUAAUAAUUUUUAAUGUAUAUAGAUGUUUUAUUUAUUAAAUGUUUAUCUAGCCAUGUUGUGCCAAACUGUUAUCUGAUGCAUUCUGUCUACUGAGACAGAUAAAACAAAAAAGUAACAUCUUCUCAAAAAAGAGGGUGAGUGUGCUGAAACGGAUGCUAAUGACGUCAUAGAGAACAUGUACAAUCCACAGCACACCUUCAUUAAAAUUAACCCUUGUGAGAAAUUCUAUAAAUCCAGGUAGAGAUUUUAAACACCACAUUUGUACAGGAACAGCCGAGGAAGAUGAGGAGAUGGUGAGUAAAUAGUAUGUACAAAUAUAUACAAAGAAAGAUACUGUAUCAAUCCACAUAAUAUAGGACCACUGACUCCUGGCCCAAAGGUAAGUGCAUACAUUAUAACCUUUAUAAGGCUAAUCUGCAGGAAAGAGGCAUUCAGCUAAACUCUGUGAGACUGGGACAUCAUAAGGUCAUAUACAAAAAGAUACAAAUAAUAUUAACAUAAUUAAACACAAUCACGUUAAUUACCACAGGGAAUAUAAUAAGCAUAUUAUAAACUGAUCAUAAACUAAACGGGUGAUGGAAUAGUAGACAAUUCUGUAUGCCUUUAAAAAAAUCAAAUCAAAAGCAAGCGUUCUUAUCAUUUAAUACAAGUGAAGAUAAAACGCUUUGAGCUAUUCUGCCUCUCGGUUGCCUUAUUGUGGUAGAGCCGGGACAUGAUUUAUGCUUAUAAAUCAGACAGGACAGUGGGUGCCCUGCAUCAGCAAAGUGACAUGCCACCGUUCUCUUGUAGAUAUCAGGUGCCAGAGCUGCAAAAAUUGCCAAUCUGUAUCCCCUUAUCCUUUCUCUGAAAUCAUUUUAGGUCUUCCCAAAAUACAUAAUAUAUAACCACAGGGGCAGAUAAUUUGACAUACCACGUGUGGUACUGCAGGCUAUACAUUGCCUGAUUUUAAUAUUCCUUGCUGGUUCUAGGAUAGAGAAAAAAUUUAACGAUAUGUCUCUCAUUAAGUUUCAUUUAUUACUAUGAAAAAUAUGGAAUACAAACACCUCUAUAUGCAAUAUAGUAAUGAAUAAAAUGACUUAUUUCAAAAAGUCAAAUGCACAUAAAACCAUUGGAUCUGGCACUGAACUUGUUAACGGGCAGAUCGAGCGGAAGUUUCAAACAUCAGAUCCCCGAGCAGUAACUUCUCUCCUUCUAUGUAUGCUUAUUUGUGAUAUCUUAGAACUAAGUAUCACCAUUUUUGCAUGUAAGGGUUCCCUUUGGGGGGUGAAGGGUUUAUUUAUAUUUAUUUAAUUCAAUUACAGUUUUACACUAUGAAGUGUUUUCUUGUAUCCUUUUAACGUACAAACAGAUAGUGUUACAUAGUAUUUUAAAGACGCUGGAACACAGUAGAAAAACUGAAGCAACCCUAAUAAGACUACUCCCCAAAGACUGUUUUGGACUCUGCAACAAUCUUAAUGUGUAUAUGGAAGUAUAGAUCCAAUGGUUUUAUGUGCAUUUGACUUUUUUUUAUUUUUUAUUAUUAUUCAUCAUUACUAUAUUGCUUAUAUAGAGGUGUCUGUAUUCCAUAUUUGUCAUAGUGAUAACCAAUUUCGGGUUUUCCAAGUAGAGCGCUUCCACUUAUCUUUACAUCUCAACUAAAAGAUUUUUAUUUUAUUUUUUGUGGAUAGCAGCUGUUUUAUUUUCAUUUGUCAUUUCUAAAUAUUGUAUACUUUUAUCAGAAUUGCGCUCUCCUAGUGUGUUUAUAUUUAAGUUUCAUUUAUAAUAAACUUUUUUUUUUUUUGUGAAAAUUUGCUGACCGUUAUUGACUUAAUGUGGAGAUUUUACAGGGUACUUUUAUAUGGCAGUUUGAAGAAAGGGAUUCCUUGUAGUUCCUGGAGUUAUUUGUUAGCAUGUACAAAGACAUUCUAAAGCAUUAUCUUCUGAUCUUUAUUGCACAAAUCCUUUCUUUGACUUAGACCUAAGUGAUACUGAACUCAGCCAUCAGUGUUUGUUUUUGGGUGAUCGCACUGCAUCAAAGUGAUUCUUUUUAAAGCUGGUUACAAAAAUAUCAUAGAAAUAUAUACUAAGUGAGGAUUAUUAAAGUUGAUGGUGUGGAGAUGACCUAUUUAAUAUUCGAUUAUUUUUUAUUUAUUUAUUUUUCAGGUGGCACAUGUGACAGGGGGCUCUGGACUAAAGAAGAGAGGACGGCCUAAAAAAUCAGACUCUGCUCAUUCAGCAAAUUUAACCCAUAAACGGCCCAGAGGGAGACCAAAGCUUGUGGUGAAACCUGUAGCUGUCAGCAACUCUGAGGUGAGAAAAAUUAGAGAGACCCUGUAGGCACUGUAACUGCUUUCUCAUUGAAGUGGUUGUGGUGUAUGGAGUCGUCUGGUACGAUCCUUCCAUUCAGCAUUGAAACGUUUUUUGUUUUUUUUGCCAUGUUAAGGCUAAGUCCCCAGCAGGCAAUCCUCUCUGUGCGGUUUGGGCUAAUGAGGAAGUAUUAGCCUGAGCAGCAGUGCGCUGUUGUGAUUGGCUGAGAGUGUCAACUGACCACUUUCAGACUGUCACGGCACCCAUUGCUGAUAUGAGUUGGUAUGUUAGAAUGAAGUGUGCUAUUUCUGCCUUAACCAUAUCUCCAGUAGUGGCUGAGCUGUGGGGAAGCCAGAGGCUUUUACUUACUGUGAAACUGCACAAAAAGGCUUUUACACUGAAUAGGCAGAACGCAAGGAUACUCAAGAUACAAUGAUUAAAGGGACACUCCAGGCACCCAAACCACUUCUGCCUAUUGGAGUGGUCUGGGUGCCAACUCCCACUACCCUUAACCCUGCAAGUGUAAUUAUUGCAGUUUUUUUUAUAAACUGCAAUAAUUACCUUGCAGGGUUAACUCCACCUCUAUUGGCUGUCUACUAGAGGGCACUUCCUGCUCUGUAGCACAGAGUAUCGCUGGAUGUCCUCAUGCUGUGAGGACCUCCAGCGUCGCUCAAUUCCCCAUAGGAAAGCAUUGAAAAGCAUUUUAAAUGCUUUCCUAUGGGGAGCUCUGCUGCGCGGCAUUGCUGAGCAUGCGUAUUAGGUCUCCCCGGCCGGUGGGCAGGAUCAGUCUCUGCCACCGGCCGACGUAAUGCCUGGGAGGAGCGGCGGCGAGAAGAAACCACCGCUGAGGGACAUAGGCUGGGUCUCAGGUAAGUGAACUGAAGAGGUUUUCACCCCUUCGGCUACCGGGGGAUGGGAGGUGGGAGGGAGAGGGACCUGCAGUGCCAGGAAAACGGAUUAGUUUUCCUGGCACUGGAGUUUCCCUUUAAAUGUGAUGAAAUGGUUAUAGUUUAGUUGAUGUGCCUAAAAAGCGCAAAACAGAGGAUGGCUUCUAUGGUGAAGUAAGUUUAUUCAAAAAUAAGUAACAGAACACAAAUAUGCUACAUUAAAAAUAAAGUAUAUAAAAACAAUGAUUUGAUUAAAGCACCCACUUUAUAGAUGUAUAUCUGUACAUAUAUAUCUAUAUAUUGUGAAAUAUGUGGGUACUUUACUCAAAUACAAUCCCCUGUGAUACAAAUCAACAUUCUGAGACACACAAUUAAAGGGACACCAUAGGCACCCUGACCACUUCAGCUCAUUCCUGCUUGCUAGGCUACUUUUGGUCACCAACCUAUACAAAAAAAACAAGCUUGAAAAUGACCUCCCGAGAGAUCUAAAAGUUGCUGUACAGGCUCCCAAUAAACCUGCUUAUACUUUGUGUCUGGACCAUUCUCUAUCUACCAAUGUAUGACCUAGACAAUAUUUUAUGACGUUUCAGUGCACUAAAAGACGUGACGAUUUUAGGUUUUUAAGUGUGAAUUUUCAUAGAUGGUGUUAAUGGGUCCAUUUUCCAUUUUGAAGAAUUUUAGCAGGUUGCUAAUUCAAACUACGCCACAAAGGGAUAUUUUGAACUUAGCCUGGGGUCAUUUUUUCGCUAGAUUGUACAAAAUGUUUCGGAAAAAAGCAUUUAUUUUAAUUUUUUACUGUUAACCACGAACAAGCCUACAACUAAAAAUUGUAAGUCCCGCCUAGAUUUAAAUGCACAGCUCACCUUAUAUAGUUAAUUUUGUACACAUAAAAUAUGACUGUUUAAAAUGUAGGAAUGAAAAUAUUUUUUUUUUUUACUAUUCAUAACUUAAUCAUGAUGAAUUUCCUUAUGCCUGUACUUGUAAUCGGAUAUCCGAAAGAGAUUUCAAAUAGACUUUGACUUCUGUUUUAAAGGAGGAAGAUUCUGGAUCGUGCAUGGGCAAUGACGAUACAGCCAGUGGGAAUGAGGAUAGUCCUUGAAAUACAAAUGUGCGAAGUCCACCUGCUCUUCCCUUCAUUUUUACGUCCAUGCCAACUAGUGGUGGAAAAUGCAAUGGAUGUUUGCAAAAAGAACUUUUAAUUCACCCCUAAAAAAUGAUAAAAGUGGUUUAGAUAAUGACUUUCUUAGACAAGCUUGUUUACUUAUGGAGAAAAAUAGACAGUGUAACUUUGAAGAUAUAUUUUUUUUUUUGUUUUGUUUUUUUAAUGUAGUUGAUGUUUUUAAUGUGAUGUGUUUUAAAGUUGGUAAAUCUCAUCGAGAACAAAAAAAUUAAAUUGUUCAGUGUAUUUUUGCUGUUGCAUCUGAGCUGGAGGGUGGGGGGUCAACAUUUAUUUUCAAAAAAAAAAUGUUUUUGUUUUCUACGAAAAAGCAAAACAAAAAAAAGUGGAUUGUUUAUUAUAGAUGUGUUGUAUCUUUAUAUAACCUGACUGGAUUUUACUCUGUCUGAAAGUUUGUUUUUUGUGUGAUCAUUUUUUUUUUUUUCAUUUAACUAAUGUCAUGUUUUUGGUUUUUGCCAUUAAUACAUUGUUAACUGGUAAUAUUUGUCAUAUGGGUGUCUUUAUUCCUUGAGAUAUCACUGGCACCAGAUAAAUAGGUUGGGAUAUUUAAGGGGAAAUCAAGGAAACACUCCAAUCACUAGAUCAUGCCGCAGUUAUGGUACAAGAGUGCCCCCCAUUUACUUUACAGUUUGACUUCUUACUCUGGUCUGCUAGGAGCCAAUCACAUCCUCCAUGGAGAUCUGAAAGUUAAUGAGCUUCUGUAAGUUCUCUUGCACUAAGCCCUGCGGAGCCCUGCAUAGCUCAAUGCAGAGAGUUUCCAGCUCUCAUAGAGGAUGUGAGCUCAGAUAAGUUCUCAAACCAUAAACAGACUUAUUUUGUGAGGGCACUCCUGGCCACUACAAUUUUCUGUAGUAGUUAUGGUGAUUGUGACAUCAAGUUUGCAAAAUAAAAAAAACUCCAGAGACCACACUCCACUAAGUCUCAUCUCUCAAAGGUGCUUGGAAGUACAGAGACUUCUUAAAAUGGCUGAAAUUGUAAGACAGCCCCUCAUAGCUGUCAGUGAGGAAGUCCUAACCCAGCAGCAGUUUCUGCUGCCUGAUGUGUUUUCUAUAAAUUGGAGUGACUUGCAACUGAAGCUUACCUUUCUCUCCUCUGAACUGCAGAGUGCGCAUGCCCAGAUCAGUUCACUCAUUACUGAACAAAGCUAACUAAAUGGUGAACCGGGCUGUGUGUAGUUUGAUAGUGCUGUAGUUGGCUAACAUUUUCAAGUGCAUUUUCACUAAUCCUAUUUGAAUGGAGCUGCUUUUAGGUGAUAGACUUCUGCUGAUUGAUGGUUUAUGAUUGGAAUGUCUCUUCCUGGUGAGCAUGUUUGUCUGCCUGUUCCACCCUGGAGCCUCUCUAAGCUGUGCAACUAAGGAACUUUGACAGUGUUUUUAUUUUAUAUUUAAAAAAUAUACAUUUUUAAUGUAUUAUGUUUAUAAUGCAUUAAAAAUAUGUACAUCACUAAUUCUUAUCCUCAAAUCUAUUUAUUUAUUACAUUUCUAAACCUGUAAGCUGUUCUGCUUCGGUUUUCUGUCGUAAUUUUCUGAUGGAUAUUAUUUUAGUGAGAGAGAAGAUUACCAGUAAUAUAUACUUUCCUAGGGUGCCGCUUGGAC